AUUCAAACAAGGAGCCCAACCAAACGGUGAGGAAAUACGCAGAGAUCUCCCUCAACAUGACAUCACGCCUUGGCCCCAGAGCUGCUGGCACCAAUGCAAGUGAUGUUAAACUCAGAGAGAGGGUGACCCCGCAGUACCAAAUGAGUGCGUCCUUGAAGUCAGAGGUGCGAAAGUUAAACCUGGUGCACCUUCUCAUCUGGCUGCUGGUGGCGGCACAGGUGUCUGUCAGCCACUUGAACCUGGUGUCACAUGACACAGUGUCCAUGCCGUACCAGUGGGAAUACCCCUACCUGCUCAGCCUCCUCCCCCUGCUCUGCAGCAGCCUGUCACUUCCAAAGAACAAUAUCAGUUACUUGGUCAUAUCCAUGAUCAGCGCAGGGCUGUUCUCUGUGGCACCUCUUAUUUAUGGUGGAAUGGAAAUGUUUCCUGUAGCACAGCAGCUCUACCGCCAUGGAAAGGCCUACCGCUUCAUUUUUGGCUUCUCUGCAGUGACUGUUAUGUACCUCAUCAUGGUGGUUGCUGUUCAAGUGCACGCCUGGCAGUUAUAUUACAUGAAAAAGCUGUUAGACUCAUGGUUCAACACCACCCAGGAGAAGAAGAAGAAAUAAUGUGAAAGGUGAAGAAAGCUGUUACUGGGCAAAACUGUGUUUUUAUCUUAAUUUCUACAUUUCCACAGUUAUGAGUCGGCAACAAUUAGUAGAUUAAUCGAUUAGUUGUCAGCUGUUAAAUUAAUCCCCAACUAUUUUGAUAUUCAAUUAAUCGUUAACUAAUUUUCUAAAAAGUUUCGAAGAAAAAAAUGUCGAAAUUCUCUUUUUUUAGCUUCUGAAAUGUAAAUGUUUUCUGGUGUCUUUUCCCCUCUGUGACAGUAAAAUGCAUAUCAUUGGGUUGUAGACUAAACAAGACAUUUGAGACAUCACCUUGGGCUUUGGGAAACAUUUGGGAACAUUUUUCACCAUUUUAUGGACUAAACAACUAAUCGAUUAAUCGUAAAUAUGAUUGACAGACUAAUCAGUAAUGAAAAUCAUUAGUUGCAGCCCUAGUCUUAUUCAUGUCUAAUUAUUCAGUCAUCAUUAUCAUGUAACAUCAUACCUUUGACACCAGUGUUCCCUGACACAUAGGUGUAAAAUAGAGGAAGAUGUACAAUUUAUGCAAGAACAUGUAUUUAUUUGAUUAAGUGGCUAGUGCACACGAGCAGGAGUGGCAUCAAAGCGACAUCCAUAAACAUGGCAUUCAAUCACUUUGCACCCUCUUCAUUACUGAGUCUAAACUGCAGUUUCUCUCCAAACAGAGAAAUAGGGAAUUUUGAACCUGGGCAUCAUUGUUGUCACUCUCUGUUCAUACAAGUACAACAGCGAAGGCAUGGAUGUUCUAACAUAAACAUUUGCUUAGAAAUUGCUAUUAUAUGUGUAAAAUGACUUAGGUUUGCCUUUGAUGCAGAUGCGCUGCCAGUGUCUCUUUCAUUAAGUAUACCUCUCACAAUAUAUUUUUAGAAUGCAUCCAAAACUCACAAUAUCCUGUACAGUAUGUUUUAAGGCAUUCUCAUUCGGCAUCCAAAAGCCAAUUUAUUGAGCCUGUGUACAUGAAUAAAAUUAGCGUUUUAAACCAAUAAAACCCAAAUGAAUGCUC